CAACCCCGAUACACUUCAUCCUUUUUCACACUCAUAUCUCUCAUUCCCUAUCUUUACCCCACGACUCCUUGACCACAUCGCAAGCCCUGUCUCCGUAUUCAGAUACCCCCCUCUAAGUCCAGCCCGCCAGACGCAGUUCACAUCCCCCCUCCCCCACCCAAAAAAAACACCGCAAUCAUGUCCGAAAUCGAAAAGGUCCUCACCACCGCAGCCCCGCCGCCCCUGCCGCAGUUCUCCCAGGCCAUCAAGUACAACGGCAUGGUCUACUGCUCUGGCAGUAUCGGUAUCCUCACCGACAGGCCCGGCAUGGUGCAGGCCGAGGGCACCGUCAAGGACCGGACCCGCCAAGCCCUCAAGAACCUCGCCGCCGUCCUCGAGGCCGCGGGCAGCAGCCAACGCAACAUCGUCAAGGUCAACGUCUACAUCACCAAGAUGACCGACUUCGCCAUCAUGAACGAGGCCUACGAUGAGUUCUUCACCUGGGACCCCAAGCCCGCCCGUACGUGCGUCGCUGUGUACCAGCUGCCGCUGGGCACCGACGUCGAGAUCGAGUGCACGGCGUUCCUUAACAAGCCUGCCCAGAAGCUGUAGAAUCCCCCCCCCCCCCCCCCGCCACCGGGCCUGUCAUCCGUCAAUGAAUUGUGUGUUUUGAGCAAAGGAAUUGAGAAUCGGUUAUCGAACAUUUGUCUGUACAUAUGUACUCGGCCCGUAGUGGGUGCAUGGAAAACAUACUCCCGCCUUGGUUUGGCUUGUACACUCGCAAAAAAGUCUAUAAAACCACCUUUUCCCCACCUUCGUCCCCGCGUAACCGAUGCGAUAAUGCACAACCCUCCUAACGCCGGAUAAUAAAUACACAAGGCCCUUCCAGCGUCAUCGUGUCUUCAUCAAGCCACCCUA